CACUCAACCACUGAACCACGCCAGCCGGGCUGAAUAAUGUUUUUAUUCCCUGUGGCUUUAGGGGAAAGUACUCCCAAGAAGAGGACGAAGGAUGAGAGCCAGGCUGGUGGGGGUGAGCGCGGGCUGAAGUGACACGGAUGAGCAGACACUAAAAACUUCUCCUGAGUGUGCGCCACGCUCCCUGCACUAAUGCACUGGGACGAGGUGCUGACCAGGGGGAGGGUCAAGCCUUUAAGAGCCCUGCCCUCAGGGCUUCGCCUGGGCUGUGACGGGGAGGCGGGAGCCAUGGGGCCGGGGAGGAGGCUGCUGGUCCCAGCCCUGGCGCUGCUCUGCUUCCUGCCGCCCGGGCCUGGGAGCCGCGCAGAGGAAGGAGCUGCUCCCGUUCACCGUCUCCUGGGGGAUUUCGGACGAAGCCGGCCGGCUGGCCACCGCAGCUGUGACCGACCCACCCCAGGGAAGACCUCAGUCCCCACGGCCCAGGAGCCGGCCCCGGGAGUUUCUGGCGACCAGGAGAGUUAUCGGACCUCCUCGGAAACGGCAGGGCCCAGAGAGAUGGCCUGUCUUGGGCAGACAUGUGACCGGUGUAAAGCGCACUUGGAGCUGCUCCCGUUCACCGUCUCCUGGGGGAUUUCGGACGAAGCCGGCCGGCUGGCCACCGCAGCUGUGACCGACCCACCCCAGGGAAGACCUCAGUCCCCACGGCCCAGGAGCCGGCCCCGGGAGUUUCUGGCGACCAGGAGAGGGUGUGAGCGCUACAGUGGCCGUGUGGUGUCCAUGAACUCAGGCAGUCACUGCUGCAGCAGCGGCACCUGGAGGGCCGUCGCGUUUAUUGGGCCCUGGGCUGGCUCUGGUGGGGAGGUGGCGGCUCCUGAGUCUCAGGGCAGGGUCCCCGCUGACACCUGA